GGCCUAUAUCGAGGCUCUCUAUUUCCAUCUAAAAACGAAUACACCCUUUUCACGUUUCAUCAACGAGAAACAACAAACACAUUUACCUUUAUUGCCGAAACUUUCUGAAAGUCACGGAGUUACUAACACGAGCUCUAGUGAUUCUAGGAGUGAUCGUGAGGAAAAUACGAGGUCAAUGAAUACUGCUACAGGUAAAAUCGUGACAAACACCAAUGACAACGAGAAACAACUAACAAAGGGAGAUUUGUCACUGAAACUUUCCGAAAGUCACGGAGUUACUAACAAGAGCUCUAGUGAUUCUAGGAGUGAUCGUGAGGAAAAUAUGAGGUCAAUGAAUACUGCUACAGGUAAAAUCGAUAUAAACACAAAUGACAACGAGAAACAACUAACAAAGGGAGAUUUGUCACUGAAACUUUCCGAAAGUCACGGAGUUACUAACAAGAGCUCUAGUGAUUCUAGGAGUGAUCGUGAGGAAAAUAUGAGGUCAAUGAAUACUGCUACAGGUAAAAUCGUUAUAAACACCAAUGACAACGAGAAACAACUAACAAAUGAAGAUUUGUCACUGAAACUUUCCGAAAGUCACGGAGUUACUAACAAGAGCUCUGGUGAUUCUAGGAGUGAUUAUGAGGAAAAUACGAGGUCAAUGAAUACUGCUACAGGUAAAAUCGUGAUAAACACCAAUGACAACGAGAAACAACUAACAAAUGAAGAUUUGUCUCUGAAACUUUCCGAAAGUCACGGAGUUACUAACAAGAGCUCUAGUGAUUCUAGGAGUGAUCGUGAGGAAAAUACGAGGUCAAUGAAUACUGCUACAGGUAAAAUCGUUAUAAACACCAAUGACAACGAGAAACAACUAACAAAUGAAGAUUUGUCACUGAAACUUUCUGAAAGUCACGGAGUUAAUGACAAGAGUUCUAGUGAUUCAAAGAGUGAUUGUGAAGAGCAUACAAACUCAGUGAAUACUGUUACAAGUAAAAUUGUAAUAAACACCAAUGGCAACGAGAAACAACAAACAGAUUCACCUUUAUUACAAAAACUCUCUGAAAGUCACGGAGUUACUAACACGAGCUCUGGUGAUUCUAGGAGUGAUCGUGAGGAAAAUACGAGGUCAAUGAAUACUGCUACAGGUACAAUCGUUAUAAACACCAAUGACAACGAGAAACAACUAACAAAUGAAGAUUUGUCUCUGAAACUUUCCAAAAGUCACGGAGUUAUUGACAAGAGCUCGAGUAAUUCUAGGAGUGAGGAAAAUACGAGGUCAAUGAAUACUGCUACAGGUAAAAUCGUGAUAAACACAAAUGACAACGAGAAACAACUAACAAAUGAAGAUUUGUCACUGAAACUUUCCGAAAGUCACGGAGUUAAUGACAAGGUCGUACACAAUCAACAUAUCAAAGGACCACAGGCUCCAACGGGAAUCGAGGAUUUUUCCAUACAAAGAAAGCAGACGAAAGAACCUUCAAUAACGGUGUCAAACUUAAAGAGUUCUUGUGAUUCUAAGAGCGAUCGUGAGGAGAAUACGAGGUCAAUGAAUACAAUUACAGGUAAAAUUGUAAUAAGCACCAAUGGCAACGAGAAACAACGGACAGAUGGACCUCCGUUGCCAAAACUUUCUGAAACUCAUGGAGUUACCAAGGUCAACAUUAGUGAGCGUAAACAGAUAGAUCAGGCUCUAGUAGAUUUCCAAAAGUUUUCUAUGCGCGAAAAGCAGAAUACAUCAUUGAACAAACCUGCGCCAAAACGAAAACCAUAUGUUAGAGUUGCAUGCGUCCAAGAAGAUGACGAGCCCGUCCUUGAGAAAAAAGAGCGCAUACAGGGAAUGCAGGCUCCGCCGGAGUUCCAGGCUAUUCCUAUCAACGAACAACUGAACGAACCACCCCCCAAGCCCAACACUACAUCUCAAAUAAAUGUAAACCGUGGUGAGAACUUGAAAGUCUUUGAUGAAGUUGAUGAGCAGGCGUAUGAGGUGGCACAAAAAGAAUAUGAUAGUUUCAAUGACCUCAUCUUCAAUCUCAUCCAUGCCAGCAACAUUACAAACGAGUUAGACAAAGUCAGGGCUAUAUUUUUGUGGCUAUGUACAAAGGAUUUGAAAAAUAUGGAGUUCAAAAAUGUACAACCUGACUCUCCUGAGGAGGUUUUGCUUGGACUAAAGAGGGGCAACGUCACGUAUUCUGUUAUCUUUAAAACCUUGUGUAGUUACGCAGGUAUCCAUUGUAAAACACUGAGUGGGCUUGCCAAGGGGGUUGGUUUUGAGCCUGGGAUGACUUUUACUGACGAAAGUGAGAAUCACACAUGGAAUGCUGUCUUUAUUGAUGGCCAGUGGUAUCUGGCUGAUUGUAACUGGGCUGCGAGGAAGGUUCAUGGAAGACAGGAGACAUUGGACAAUUUAAAGUAUGAGUUGGACGAGUUCUAUUUCUUACCCGAUCCUAAGCAGUUCAUCUUCACCCACUUCCCUAAAGAAAAUGACUGGCAGCUUUUAGAGUGUCCCUUGCUGCAAGACGAAUUUGAAAAUCUACCCGUAGUGAAGUCCACCUUCUUUAAACUCGAUCUACAGCUGAACAGUCACAAAGAGGCUGUUAUAUGGAGCACAGGUGAGGUAGAAAUCACAUUGGCCUGUCCUACAAAAGCCAACAAAAUUGGUUUCGUUUUUGGACUGACUUUUGAAGACGAUCGAGAGGAGUACAAAGGCAGAAAGUUAACUCAAUAUGGUAUGCAUGAGAGAAUUGAUAACCUCAGCAUCUUUAGGGUGAGAACGCCAGAGAAAGGCUCUUACAAGUUUACUAUAUACGCUAAGAAAAUCAAAUCCCAUACUAAAGUAGAAAAAUCAUAUGGUGCUGUAUGUGAGUAUCAGAUAGUAUGUGAUCGCGAUACCAGUAGCAUACAGCCAUAUCCCGGUGAAGAAACCAUAUUUGGACCCAGCGUUGAGGCGAAACGAUACAAAAUUAAGGCUCCAUCCAAGGGGGCUUGUAUCUCGUUACCCAAUGGACAUACUGAAAUCAAGUUCAAAAUGCCCAAGGUCAAAGAGUUGCAUUUUAUGGCUAAGUUGAAAUCUAACGCCAUGGAUGAAACGUCUCUUCAGCAAUAUGUGAUGACUCGUGUUGUGAACAACUUCGCAGUCUUCUCAGUAAAUCUACCACAUCAGGGAGAAUAUGCCUUGGAAAUAUUUGCCAGCGACUCGGCUACUGAUGGUACGUCUCAUUACCUCGUAUGGAGGUACCUUUUGGAAUGCAAUCAGCCAAUAGUUAAAGCCGUCCCCUUCCCAAAGAUGUCACUUGGAUAUUUAGGGAAACCGUCAAGUGGAGAAGAGUUAGUUCUAACAACCUAUAGCCACCACGAUCCCUACAUCAAAGACGCAGUUGGGGAAGUUAUAAUUCAGAUGAAAACUACGCGGCCACUAAGGGUCACUUCGGAGCUAAUCCACACUACCAAUGAUGAAGAUUUCACGGAUUUUAUUUUGCAACAAUAUGAGGACAAUAUCAUCUCUUUUGUUGUGAAACUACCCAAAGCUGGGAGCUACAAGCUUCAGAUGUAUGCCCUGCCAAACACCGAACCCAGUGAGACCCUCCCAGGGGUUUAUAACUACCUGAUCGAUUGUUCCCAAGCACAUGCUUCACUGGUCGCUUAUCCUAAGCAGUACGGCCAUUGGAAGGAGUGCUACCUGUUUGAACCUACUCACGGCCAUCUGGAUCCUAGCAAGCCAACGCGUGGAUCCACCAAUAGCCAGCAGUUCAUAUUCUUCAAGAUUGAGGUCCCCAAUGUGAGCGCUGUCGCUGUUGUGGUUGGUACGGACCACUGGACUCAACUGGACCAGAAGCAACCUAAUGUAUGGGAGGGCCAGGUGACCAUGAAUUGGCACUGGGGAGUGGAGAAUAGAGUUGAUGUAUGUGCCAGGCGUGACCCCUCAAACACAAGUUAUAGCACGCUUUUGACAUACACUAUGUAGCUGUAUAGACUACAUACAGAGAAAGACUACAAUAUAUUCAGCUUUUAGGAAUCAAACUUAAGACAGCAGUGUGAAUGUUUUUGUGGGCAAGUACCGCCUCACUCACAGUGUUUUAAAAACCGUUGUCUUUGGAGUUUUCAGAUGUUUUAUUCUUUGUUAUGCUUAUAUUCAGAAAGUCUAUUUAUUCCAGAAAUAACUAUAUAGCUCUAGCGUAGGAUGAGACAGACGAGGCGCUUGCCUUGUAGCCAUUUUAACAUUCUUUGAGAAAUAUCAAAGAAGUUGUAAAUUAAUUGUACAACUUUUGCUA